GAAUAUGAAUGUGACAUCCGUUUUUUCCCUUCUGAGUGACUUUGCAACCAAAAGUAGAUGAAAGAGAGCUCAAUGACAAGAUGAAAAUAGACCAUGAUGGUGAAUCUUCUUAUAGUGUUAUCGAAGUAGUUUCUUGUUGUUCUUUGAGCACUACAAUGAGGGGACGAGAAAUGAUCGAUUAUGUUAUGUCUUGCAAAGUUCUGUCUGUUUCUUCUACUUCCUGAGAGAGGAGCACUACACUUUUACGACGAGCAGAGUGAGAGGAGUUUUUUUCCUGCAACAACCACUACACUUUUACGACGAGCAGAGUGAGAGGUUUUUUUUCCUGCAACAACCUACUUUCUACCUAGGAUUGUCUAUGUAUCUAAUGGAGGAACAAAAAGUGACUUUGUAAGUGUUUUUGGAGGACAAACCAAGAGCGAGACCACUCUUUGGAUGUUGCUCUGUCAGAUACCUUCAUCUUUAAGAUUUUUUUUGCUUUUUUUUUCAGGAACGAAGAAUCAGUAUCCGCAGAGUGGUUGAGCACAUACACAUCAUCUUAGCGCUGUAGAUUCUCUUGUGGUCAAUAUCAAAGUCGCAAGUCUAGCUCCUCUUUUUAAUUGCAAACAUGAUCAAACAAUAUUUCAAGUAACUACAAGUCUAGUUGAAAAUAUCGACUUCUAACAUCAUCCAAGAAUAUCAAAAUAUCAUGCAUAGUUGACAAGAAGAAACGCAAACAUUUCAAAAUAUUAGAUAGAUCUACUUCUUCUUCGUCUUCUCCUGCAUCAUAAUAAUCUCAAUUCAUUGAAUUUUGAAGUUGUUGAAGCAAAAUGUUGUCCAAGCUGUGUUCUUCCUCUUUUUUGCGCCGAGGUGCGCUGAAUGGUGCAGCGGCGUCAACAACGGCUUCCAGAAGAGACUUUUCGGCCACUGCAAAAGUCUUUGUGGACAAGAACAUUAUGAAAAAACAAUCAAGAAGAAGAAGAAGGUAGAACUCCCACUUUUCGUGGUCUCUGGAAUUCGUAUGUUCUUUGUUCCAACGACGUACACUAUUAGCAUUAGCGAAUCAUUUCUAAUAAAAUGAUAAAGUCGUAGUUAAGGGAAGCAUUUCCAAUAAAAUGGUAAAGGCCCUGGUGCUUCAUCGAAAGUGAAAGGUCUGACGUAAAGAUAUUAGAGAGCCAUUUGUAGUAGAGAUACACUUACAUGGAAGCAUGAAGAUCAAUUAAUAUUUUCUUCAACAGCUCCUUGCUAAAGAUACACUUGACUUACAGCGCAUAUCACUUACAUAGAUGCACUUAUAGAUAUUUAUAUACAUACUUUACAACUUCUUGCACUUCCUCUCAUAUACUUGAUCCAACUUCUUGCACCUACUCUUAUACAUACAACUUCGUGAACUCACUCUUACAUAGAUGAAGCAUGGUCGAUGUAGAUGUUCUUCACCUGCUCCUUGCUGUUUUUAGAGGACAAGAAGAACGAGCAGUUGCUACUAUGCUAGCAUUCAUCCUUCCUACGUCUACUGUAGAGGUCAAACUAUCAUGGAACUCCAUCUCACUUCUUAACGAGUCAUCACUUGUUUCACUCCUCAUCCUUUACCUGACAACUUUCUUGUAUUACUAGCAUUCAUACCUUCCCACGUCUACGGUCCCCUUCUCCCAUGCGACUUCUCUACGUAGACAUAAAACUUACUACGGCAUCCCAGAGACUACUAUUCAACAUCGUGCUUGUUCUUACGUAGAGAUAGAGCUCAUAUUCACCCGAGGAGGCAGGUCAAACUGUGGACGGUGAAUCAAAUCCUAUCCUAGAUAGAGCUUACUCUACUCUUACAUCUUAGGUCUAUAAUCAUCUCCAUCCUCUAAGAAUCCGAAGCUUCUGGUGCAAGGAAUGACGGGUGGGCAGGGUACGUUUCACACCACACAAGCCAUCGAGUAUGGGACUAACGUCGUUGGUGGAAUCAAUCCGAAAAAGUUAUGAGAUCGAGAUAGUCUUUAUCUUUCCCUAUAAUUCUAUCUAUUCAGAGCAGGAAAGAAGAAGGACUACUAAAACAUGUACUAAAACAUGGGGCUUCCUGACCUGGUGAAGACCCUGCGCAACAAAAACAACAGCUACAACCACUACCAAAACAUGGACCUUCUUCCAGUAGACCCAUGAGUCUUUAUCUCUCAUCAUCAAGUACAACCCAUGAGUUUUGAUCUGUCCUUUCAUGUUUUUAAUACCUUGUUCCUCCCUCCCUCCCUCUAUCAAUCAACACCCAUUAUCGUUUCGAAUCUAAUCUAACAAUGAGUUUUUAUCUCUCGUCAUCGAGAAACUCUUCUUCUAAUCGUUGCAGGUUCGACUCACUUAGGAUUGCCAGUCUUUGCCGAUUUGGGUACGGCGAAAAAGGAGACUGGAGCCAACGCGAGCGUGAUAUAUGUGCCGCCUCCAGCAGCGGCUGCCGCAAUCUUAGAAGCCAUCGAAGCGGAAUUGGACCUGGUGGUUUGCAUUACAGAAGGUAUGUUGAUGUUCAUUUUCAUACAUAAGAAGGUGUUGAUGAAGAUUAGGAACUGCAGCUAAGCAAAAAAACAAGUACAAAGAAGACCACCAUUCUUCUAGAAAUUAAAUUGAUUGAUUACAUCAAACUUCUACACGACCACUCCUCUCAGGCAUUCCGCAGCAGGACAUGGUGAAAGUGAAACAUGCGUUGAAUAUGCAGAGCAAGACGCGAUUGAUCGGACCCAACUGUCCAGGGAUUAUCAAACCGGGAGAAUGCAAAAUCGGGAUCAUGCCUGGAUACAUUCAUAAGUUAUGAGCAUGCUGUUGUAUAAUCUAUUCUAAAUCUACUUAAUAAUCCUUGAAGAAAAUGAAUAUCAUGAAGUGAUAUUCAUAUUAGUUUUAGCAGUUAGCGGGAUACUUUAGGAUACUUGUUGAUAGUUGCCCUUUUCUCUUUUAUAUCUUCCUCUGGUCUGUCUUUUUUCUAGUUAGGUCGGCUCCACCACAAAUAUCAUGAAGUGACUCUCGAUCUCGAUCUUGAAUAUCUAAUAUAUCUAUCAGUAACAGUAUAACUGUACCUAAGUACUCCAUUUACCUUCUUACUUCUUGCGAAGCGAGUAUCAGUAAAAACUGAUUUUGGUACAUCCUUUUGGUUCAUCCUUUUCUCCUCUCUCCCUCUGGAUCUACUGUUCUUCUAAUAAAAGCUGGAAAGAUUGGUGUGGUGUCGCGAUCGGGUACUUUGACUUAUGAAGCAGUUCACCAGACCAGCUUGACCGGACUCGGACAGAGCACGUGCGUCGGAAUCGGUGGUGACCCUUUCAAUGGCACCAACUUCAUCGACUGCCUUGAACGAUUCAUGGAGGUAUUUGUUUGAUAGAUAACCGUGAACUGGGACUGCUGGGUACUUUCAGUUGUUCUUCUAGGUACAAAUUAUUCUGGUACUUAACAUACUUCAUCGAGCAUUGUCCCCCAGUACGAUCGUUCUUAUAAUGGAGGUAUUUAGAUACAGAUACGACUUCAACGACCAUUCAUUGUCUAGUAGAGCGAUCAUUUAUGGAGGUACUUUCUUUCAAUUCAUUAAAUAGUAUACAACUAGAAGGCGACUCAAGCCUUUUAGUAUACUAGAAGGAGACUCAAUCUCUAUCCGCCAAUCACUAUAGGCUACUACAGAAGGAGACUCAAGAAUCCCUACCCCCCCCUGAAAAAUUCACAACCCAAACAAAUUCAUACCCCACCCUUGAAGAACUAAGAUGUAAGUACCCCUAGAAUGGGUUUACUACUACUACUACUAGGCUACUACAGAAGGGGAGGACUCAAGAAUCCCUAUCCGCUGCGAGAGGACUCAAUCUCUAUCCGCCAAUCACUAUAGUAUACUACAGAAGGAGAGGACUCAAUCCACCAUAUCCGCCCCUCCUCAACACGACUGCUCUCAGGACCCUUCAACGGAAGGCAUUAUCAUGAUUGGUGAGAUUGGUGGCACGGCAGAGGAAGAUGCAGCCAUUCCGCUGCAUCUUCCUCUGCCUUCCGUUUGCGGGUCCUGAGAGCAGUCGUGUUGAGGAGGGGCGGAUAGGGUGGAUUGAGUCUAGUAGUAGUAGUAGUAAACCCAUUCUAGGGGUACUUACAUCUAUCCUAUCCGCUGCUCAACACUCUUCUCAGGACCCGCAAACGGAAGGCAUUAUCAUGAUUGGUGAGAUUGGUGGCACGGCAGAGGAAGAUGCAGCAGAAUGGCUGAAGGCCAACAAUAAAGCUGGAAAGCCCGUUGUUAGCUUUAUUGCAGGUACUAUUAAAACUACGAGGACUCGACCAUUUACGGCUGUUAGCAGCUUUAAAUUGCAGAGACCAUUUAGCUAGCUUUCUUGCAGUUAAUGUAUGGUUCUGGUAUUUGGUAGCCUGAAUUUGAUCCUAAGGGUUCUCUUCGCAGAGACCAUUUAGCUAGCUUUCAUCUUGCAGAGACCAUUUACGACUGUUAGCUUUAAAUUGCAGGUAGCAGAGACCAUUUACGACUGUUAGCUUUAAAUUGCAGGUAGUACAAAAAUAUUUUUACUUGUUAAAAAACGGAUGAUGACUCUUCGUCCACCACUCUUCUCCUCUGCACGACAGUGUCUCUUCUUGACUUUUCUCACCAACUAUGAGUAAGUAUCAUGUAUAAAAAUUGCUAACUACAGGCGUAACCGCUCCACCUGGACGUCGUAUGGGACACGCUGGCGCGAUCAUUAGUGGAGGCAAGGGCAAGGCUAGCGACAAGAUUGCAGCCCUUGAGGCAGCAGUUAAGGUUUCAUCUCCUAGUAGUUCAUCUCUGUCUCUGUUUUCUAAUAUACAACUAGGGACGUAGGAAUAGGGUCCCUCAAACGAGGCAUACAUACGCUUGAGUACGCUUGAGGGAUCUCCACUGGUACAGGGAUGAACUAGGAACUUGUCUAAUGCAGGCGCCGUGGUGACUCCGAGUCCAGCUGAGUUGGGAUCAAACAUGCUCAAACUGAUGAAGGAAAAGGGCUUGGCUUAAAGACUGACGUUGAAAGAAAUAGAAAAGGGCCCGGCCUAAACCGUGUUGAGCAUGUUAGGGUUGUAAAACAUGUAGUUCGAGACAUGUUGGAAAAAUCACUGAGGCUGGAUAGUGAGAAUCUACCAACCUCAGUGAUUUUUCUAACAUCUGUACCAAAAUCAUGGGCCUAGUAGCGGAUGAAGUUGCUCAAGAACAGUACCUCUAAGACAUAUUGUUCAUAUUGAUAUUCCAACUUCUUUUAUGAAGGGAGACUGAUACUAGAUCAGAUACUAGGUAAGAAGUCGCCAGGGAAAUCUUAGGCAGUUUGCCGAAUGGAUUCACAUCAUCGUGAUGCCCUGAGUAGAACCAUGUUGCCCGCACCUGUACCAAAAUCAUGGGCCUAGUAGGUGAUGAAGUUGCUCAAGAACAGUACCUCUAAGACAUAUCUGAACAGAAGGAAGAAACUCUUUACGUUAAACAUGAAUUGGAAGUAUUAUAGUGGAGUAGCUUCUUCACACUCGGGCAAGAAUUCGGAGCUCCUCCUCUCCUAUUUACAUUGCAGUUUUACCUGUUACGAAUAUAAUUUAGAAGAGACAGAAGGUGGGUACUUAGAA